AUGUCGUCUUCUGCCCAUCCACUACCCUCGUGGUAUUAUCGCCUUGCUCCUCAUCUCAAGUCUCACGGCGUGGUUCUUCCAUGGAGUUUCGAUGAAGACAUCUCGGAUCUCGAUGAGGCGCGUUAUAAUGAAGCUAGUGCUUAUAAUGGGCCUGAUGCAGAGUGGUUUCACCAACUGAGAGAGAAACGAGAAGAGCGCAAAAGGGAACUCCAAAAGCGAAGGGAGUUUAUCCAAAGACAGAAAGAAAAGAACAGAGAAGACGAAGAGGACAAAAUGAGAGAGGUGCAGACUGCUUAUCAAGCCUUGGAAGGUACGGGCUACAUGGCUGAUCUUGGUGAAUUGGAUACCACGUUUGAGCUCUACUCCCUGGACUACUUUGACCAUUUAUACGAUCCUAGUCCUGUCGGUAAUCGUACGAAGUACUUGCGUUACGAGAAUGCGGAUGAGCAGAACCCUAACGGUCUUCUGAUGGGCGUUUUAUGGCUCAAUCCAGACGUCAAAAGCGAACUUGUUCCAUUCUACCCUCCAUCACAUUCGAGUUUGAAACAAUACAGACUUGACACUAUCGAUGGAAGAUUUGCCCUCAUUGUGCAGUUCAUCGACAAGAACCAUAUUGUCCUCCAAGCACGUCGAGACUUCGUUUUCAUGGACAGGCCGCAUCAGGCAACCGGGCCAGACACCUUCUUAUUCGGAGGCGUUCGGAAUGAUUGGGGGAAACAACUGCAAGCUUAUGCGAAAAGCUUCCAUGGGACAGGAUUUGGAUUCUCGUUCGACGCGGCAGGUUGA